CUUAGGAGAAAUAAAGAUCAAGCUGACAGAAGUAAUUUUGCAAAAGCAAGAUGGGCCAGGGCUAUUCAAAAGACACUUCAAGAAACCAUGUGCAGCAGUGUGAGAUUUUACAACACGUAGAGAAAACACCUUCAGGAUUUGGUGUCUAACAAGCAGAUGUGUGAUUUUACCCCCUUUCUUUUGCUGUCUUGUGAUGCCAGAGCAUCAGUAGUUUACAUGUCUUUACGUGCUAUUGAUGAAAUAUGUGCUGAUGAUCCUGCUGGAGAUACAAAUAUUUGUCUGGAUCAAAAAUUACGUUUUAUGGAAACAAGUUAAUAUAAAUUACACUUGAUGGUUUCUGCGCUUAUAAAGAGCCUGAUCUCAUCUUACAUAUAUAAGAUUUGCAAAGGAAUGUUUACAAAGAAACUGGGAAAUAGUACAAAAAAGAGAGAGAGUUGUCAGAGCAAAAAGGAACAAGAUUUAUCCCAGGUUGGACAAGCAAAAAAUCCAAAAUUUUCAAAAACUUUGAAAAGCACCGUUAAAAAGAUCGCCAAGUGUCCAUCUGCUCGCAACUUAUCAGCUGAAGAAGAAGAAAAUAAUAGGGAAUUUUCCCUUUCUCCAACAUUCAGUUAUAGAGUUGCCAUUGCCAAUGGACUACAAAAGCCUAUUUUUGUAACAAACAAUAAUAACGAAGAUAUAGUUCAAGAUCUGUCUUCAAAUGAUAGCUCAUAUUCUGAAUCAUUAAGUGAAGUAAAAAGUAACGGCAAGAGAAAGGAAUAUUUGUCUCACACAAUGCCCGUGCGACGCAACAGAAAGAGUUUAAGCAGCCUUGCACCAUCUGAUGGAAGCUCUGAUGGAGAACGUACUUUACACACACUAAAGUUGGGAGCUUUACGGAAAUUAAGGAAAUGGAAGAAGAGUCAAGAAUGUGUCUCCUCAGACUCAGAGCUGAGUACCUGGAGAAAAACGUGGGGCUUAAGAAGUAAAUCUUUAGACAGAACUGGCCGCCACCAGAAAUCAAAUACUCUUGAACCUGGUUUUAGUUCAACAGGUUGCAUUAGUCAAACACAUGAUGUUAUGGAAAUGAUCUUUAAAGAGCUUCAGGGAAUCAGUCAAAUUGAGACAGAACUUUCUGAAUUAAGAGGGCAUGUAAAUGCUCUGAAACAAUCAAUUGAUGAAAUUUCUAGUAGUGUAGAAGUUGUACAAAGUGAAAUUGAACAAUUACGAACUGGAUUUGUACAGUCCAGAAGGGAAACUAGAGACAUACAUGACUACAUUAAGCAAAUAGGCUAUCCAGGAGACAAAGCAAGUCUUAGGUUUCUGAAUGUGCCUGAAGAGAGAUUUGAAAAAACUGAAAAUAUAGUUUACAAAAUAUUAAUAGAUAAAAUGGGUUUCUUGGAGGCACAAAGCACUAUUAAGAUUGAAUUUGCUCAAAGACUGGGGCAACAAAGAGACUGUCCGAACGCAAAGCCAAGACCAAUCCUUGUUUAUUUUGAGUCAUCACAGCAUAGAGAUCUGAUUUUAAAAAAGUCUUACAAACUUAAGGGAACUGGCAUUGGAAUUUCUACAGAUAUUUUUUCUCAUGAUGUUAAAGAGAAAAGAGAAAGAGGACUGCCCUCCUCUCAGACGUAUGAGAGCAUGGAUAUGAAGCUGUUAACUGUGGAGAUGAAAACUAAAAAGCAUGAUUGGGAGUCACCUGACAGUGAUAAAGAGAUGGAAUCAGAUAUAAAUAAGAACAGUUAUGCAAAAAUAUCAAAAUCAGCACUUCAAAUAAAAACAAGCACUACCAAGGGCAGUAUCCAGUCACCAAAUACUACAGAACUUAAUAGAAUUGCUGACAGUAGCACUUCUUCAAACAGAAGAAAAUACCGUGAUCAGUCACCAGAAUAUGACAAUAUGGAAAACCACUCAAAGGCCUACUACUCAGAUAUGACCCCCGUAUGGCAUUUGCAGAAUGACUUUGCAACACCUAAACUUAGCCGUUCAGACUCAGAUUUCUCAAAAUUGUGUCAGUCUUAUUCUGAUGAUUUUUCAGAAAACCAGUAUUUUAGCAGAACAAAUGGCAGUUCACUGUUGUCUUCCUCGGAUCGAGAACUUUGGCAAAGAAGGCAAGAUGAUUCUACUAACUGGUAUGGUAGUUCCCAGGAGCAGACUUUUGCCCAAGAUGUGCAACAGUAUCCAGCACAGAAUGAAGUAGAGAACACAGAAACAGUUGACAGUGGAGUAAGCAAUGGAAUAGUAUGUGUACCUGGAGACAGAAGCCGCUAUAGCGGUUCUCAGCUUUCUUUGCAUGAUGAUCUUUCACCAUGGAAAGAAUGGAAUCAGUUGGAACAAGGGGCGGAUUUGGGUUUAGAUUCGUCUACCCAAGAAGUUUUUGCAUACGAUAUGAGCAGCCCUUCAGAUCAACAGAUGGAUUUUGGGAAGUGCCAAAGUUCUGAUCUGCAGUAUGACACUGAGAGUUAUGAUUAUACCCUCGAUGGUACUUCUCCAUCAUGUGCAGGUCUUGACAGUGAGUCACAAAGUCAGUGGACUGGUCAGUAUGAUGAUUAUCAGGAAACAAAUUCUAACUCCUUUCAUCAGAAUCAGAACAGAUUGCCUAUGAGGUACCGAAGUCAGAGUGAACUACCAAGCGAUGACUCGGAAGAAGCACCUCCUAAAUCUUGGCACAGCCGAUUAAGCAUAGAUCUUUCUGAUAAAACUUUCAGCUUUCCUAAAUUUGGAUCUACACUUCAGCGUGCUAAGUCAGCAUUGGAAGUAGUCUGGAAUAAAAGCACACAAAGUUUAAGUGGGUAUGAAGACAGCGGAUCUUCUUUCAUGGGAAGGUUUAGGACUUUAUCUCAGUCUACUGCAAAUGAAUCAAGCACAACACUGGAUUCUGAUGUUUACACUGAGCCUUAUUACUAUAAAGCAGAGGAUGACGGAGACUUAAUUGAACCAGCUGGUGAAAAUGAAACAGAUUAUGUAGAAGUAAUGGAACAAGUCCUUGCUAAACUAGAAAAUAGAACUAAUACUAGUGAAUCAAGUGAGCAGAUCCAAGAGUAUGACCUGGAGCAGCCUUCAUAUGAAACCCCUUAUGCAACACUGCAAGAGGAGGAAUAUGACACACAGUUUGACAGUGAGGUCAGUGAAGCAAUAUUGGAAGUAGAAUGUGACAUGUCAGCAGAUGUAGAAGUAAAAGAAGAUGAAAAUCAGAAUGUCCCAGAGCUGCCUAUUGAAACUCCAAAAAAAAAAAGAAUACGGCCAUCAUUUAAAGAAGCUGCUUUAAAAGCGUACAAAAAGCAGAUGAGUGAGUUGGAAGAGAAGAUCCUUGCUGGAGAUAGCAGUUCUGUGGAUGAAAAGGCUCGGAUAGUAAGCGGAAGUUCCUUGGAUACAUCCAAGCUUUAUGCAGUCCAGGCAUUUGCUGGAGCUGGCCGUGGGCUAUAUGGAAUUGAUAGCAUGCCAGACCUGCGUAGAAAGAAAUCUUUUCCCAUUGUUCGAGAUGUGGCUAUGACACUUGCUGCCCGAAAAUCUGGUAUUUCCAUGACAAUGCUCAUUCGGACCUCAGUAAACAAUGAAGAAAUGAAAAUACAUGUUUUCAAGAAGACUUUGCAGGCUUUGAUCUAUCCAAUGUCAUCAACUACACCUCAUAACUUUGAAGUCUGGACAGCUACAACUCCUACAUACUGUUACGAGUGUGAAGGUCUGCUUUGGGGUAUAGCGAGGCAAGGCAUGAGAUGCACUGAAUGUGGUGUCAAAUGUCAUGAGAAGUGCCAAGACCUCCUAAAUGCUGAUUGUUUGCAGAGAGCUGCUGAGAAAAGCUCCAAACAUGGUGCAGAAGAUAAAACACAGAAUAUUAUUAGUGCUAUGAAAGAAAGAAUGAAGAUUAGAGAGAAAAAUAGACCAGAGGUAUUUGAGGUGAUCCAGGAAAUGUUUAAUAUUUCCAAAGAAGAUUUUGUACUAUACACAAAAGCAGCAAAGCAAAGUGUUUUAGAUGGAACAUCCAAAUGGUCAGCAAAAAUAACCAUCACAGUGCUUUGUGCUCAGGGCUUGCAAGCUAAAGACAAAACUGGCUCAAGUGACCCAUAUGUUACUGUGCAAGUUGGCAAAAACAAGCGGAGAACAAAGACUAUUUUUGGAAACUUGAAUCCGGUCUGGGAUGAAAAAUUUUAUUUUGAAUGCCAUAAUUCUACAGAUAGAAUAAAAGUGAGAGUCUGGGAUGAAGAUGAUGAUAUUAAAUCCAGAGUAAAACAACAUUUCAAAAAGGAAUCAGAUGAUUUUCUUGGGCAAACAAUCAUUGAAGUAAGAACACUAAGUGGAGAAAUGGACGUGUGGUAUAAUUUAGAAAAGCGGACAGAUAAAUCAGCUGUCUCUGGUGCCAUUAGAUUGAAAAUCAAUGUUGAAAUAAAAGGAGAGGAGAAAGUUGCUCCCUACCAUGUGCAGUACACGUGUUUACAUGAGAAUCUCUUCCAUUACUUGACGGAAGUUAAAUCUAAUGGUGUUGUAAAGAUCCCUGAAGUGAGAGGUGAUGAAGCCUGGAAGGUGUACUUUGACGAUGCUGCACAAGAAAUUGUAGAUGAAUUUGCAAUGCGCUAUGGAAUUGAAUACAUUUAUCAAGCUAUGACGCACUUUUCUUGUUUGUCUUCUAAAUAUAUGUGCCCUGGUGUGCCAGCAGUUAUGAGUACAUUGUUGGCCAACAUAAAUGCGUUCUAUGCCCACACUACAGCCACAACCAAUGUAUCUGCCUCAGAUCGGUUUGCUGCUACUAAUUUUGGGAGGGAAAAAUUUAUAAAACUGCUGGAUCAGUUGCACAAUUCUUUGAGGAUUGACUUGUCUAAAUACAGGGAUAAUUUUCCUGCCAGCAAUUCUGAAAGACUUCAAGAUCUGAAAUCAACUGUAGACCUGUUAACUAGCAUCACCUUUUUUCGAAUGAAGGUUCUUGAGUUGCAGAGCCCACCUCGAGCUAGUACUGUGGUGAAAGAUUGUGUAAGAGCCUGUUUAGACUCAACUUACAAAUACAUUUUUGACAAUUGCUACGACCUCUACUCCCAGCUAAUGGAUCAGGGUAAGAAACAAGAAGUUCCUCGAGAAGAACAGGGACCGACAACGAAGAAUUUGGAUUUUUGGGCACAGCUUAUUACUCUAAUGGUCACCAUCAUUGAUGAAGAAAAAACAGCGUAUACACCUGUCUUGAAUCAGUUCCCACAAGAGCUGAACAUGGGAAAAAUCAGUGCUGAAAUCAUGUGGACUCUGUUUGCCCAGGAUAUGAAGUAUGCUCUGGAAGAACAUGAAAAACAGCGAUUAUGUAAGAGCACAGAUUAUAUGAAUUUGCACUUCAAAGUGAAAUGGUUUUAUAAUGAAUAUGUGCGAGAACUCCCUGCUUUCAAGGAUGCAGUUCCUGAGUACUCUCUGUGGUUUGAACCAUUUGUCAUUCAGUGGCUGGAUGAAAAUGAGGAUGUCUCAAUGGAGUUUCUUCAUGGGGCACUAGAAAGAGACAAAAAAGAUGGGUUUCAGCAAACAUCAGAUCAUGCCCUUUUCUCUUGCUCCGUGGUUGAUGUCUUCACGCAGCUCAAUCAAAGCUUUGAGAUUAUCAGGAAACUGGAGUGUCCUAAUCCAGAAGCACUGUCUCAUUUAAUGAGAAGAUUUGCAAAGACCAUCAACAAAGUGCUUCUUCAGUAUGCUGCAAUCAUUUCUAAUUACUUCAGUUCGUAUUGUGAUAAAGAAAAUGUGCCCUGUAUCUUGAUGAACAAUAUUCAACAGUUACGAGUCCAGCUUGAGAAAAUGUUCGAGUCCAUGGGAGGAAAGGAGUUGGAUCCUGAGGCUAGUGUUGGCCUAAAGGAACUUCAGAUGAAGCUUAGUAAUGUACUGGAUGAACUCAGCAUGACAUACGCUACAAGUUUCCAACUUGUUAUCGAAGACUGUGUGAAGCAAAUGAGCUCUGAGCUGAGCCAGAUGCGAGGCAAUGGGAACGCAGCCGCCAACAAGAACAGCGCGGCCCUCGAUGCCGAGAUGGUGCUGAGGCCGCUCAUGGACUUCCUGGACAAAACUUUAAGCCUCUCUCCGAGCUGGGCCAUCCGAGGCCAGUGUGGGCGACGCUGCUCGGUGGCAGAGGCCAGUCCAGGUCAGGGCAGUUCUGACAGAUCAUCUGGCUUUGUGAGGGCAGGACAAAAGAAGCAGAACUUUGGGGGGCCGCAGAUGAUAUUCAGCGCAGCCAAAGAUCUUGGACAGCUGUCAAAACUCAAGGACCAUGUGAUUCGAGAGGAAGCCAGGAGCCUGACCCUGAGGCAGUGUGCAAUCAUGGAAGUAGCCCUGGCUACUAUUAAGCAAUACUUCCAUGCUGGAGGCAGUGGGCUGAAAAAGAACUUCUUGGAAAAGAGCCCAGACCUGCAGUCCCUGAAAUACGCUCUUAGCCUUUACACACAAACUACGGAUGCCUUGAUUAAGAAAUUUAUACACACUCAGACAUCUCAAAGCCAAACUUCUAAUAAUUCAGUGGGAGAAAUAUCUGUGCAGGUGGAUGUUUCUACACACCCUGGAACUGGCGAGCAUAAAGUUACUGUAAAAGUUGUAGCAAUUAACAAUCUAAAUUGGCAAACAACAGCUAUGUUCCGACCAUUUGUGGAAGUCUGCGUAUUAGGUCCUAACCUCAGUGACAAGAAACGAAAACAUGGAACUAAGACAAAGAGCAACACAUGGUCACCAAAAUACAACGAAACUUUCCAAUUUAUUUUGGGUAAUGAAGACAGGCCAGGUGCCUACGAGCUUCAUCUCUCAGUGAAGGAUUACUGCUUUGCCAGGGAAGAUCGCAUUAUAGGAAUGACAGUUAUUCAACUGCACAACAUAGCAGAGAAAGGUGGCUGUGCAUCCUGGUACCCCUUGUUGAGAAACAUCUCCGUAGAUGAGACUGGGCUGACAAUCCUUAGAAUACUUUCUCAGAGGAACAAUGAUGAAGUUGCUAAAGAAUUUGUAAGACUUAAAUCAGAAACAAGAUCUGCUGAAGAAACAGCCUAAAAUACCCUAGGAAUGCAAGAUUGUCACCGCCAAGAACAUAGCCCCUGUGCUGUUGUCCGAGUAGUGCAUGCCUGUGCAAAUCUGUGGGAAUGUUCAACUAACCAUGUCGUCGGUGUUUGCCAGUACUUAGGUACUAUAUUUGCAAAGUAUGUCCAGGAGCUCUAUAUCUUUUAUACAUAUUUUGGUCUUUGGUAAAGUAAUUGUUCCAAUAAAGUGCCAAAACUAAGAUUAAAUGAUUCAUUAUAUAUUUUAAAAUGAUGAUUUCACCUCAUCUCAGUUCAUUUAUUUUUUAACAUUUAUUAAUAAAUAAUUAGCUCUCUGAGUUGAUUUAUACACUGUCUCUGUUAAAAUACUAUGUUGCUUAUUGUAAAUUAAGUUACCUCCCUUACUAUUAAGUUUAAAAUGUAGCUAAUUUCAAACUCUCAUUUUAUGCUAGCCUCAUUUUAGAUAUCUUACAGAUAACUUUUUCUAUCAUUACUACAGAUGCAGUUACUUAUAGGAAGUGUUUGUAAUUUUAUAACAACCAAUAUAAAGUAAUGAUUUUUGCAUAAAAACUGAAAAAGGAUGGAAAUAUUUUAUGCUAAUCUUUUUUCCAACCUUUCAUAAAUAUCACUGUGAAGAAAUGCUGUUAAAGCAAGUUCUUAAGAAGCUGUGCUUAUCUGAGUUUGUUACUGAUGUUUGAUAUCUUGAGAUAACUUUGUUCUUCAAAACUGCCAAGGUAAUAUCAUAUUUGUAUUAAAAAGGUAAGUCAAUAAGUGUAGAAAAAGACUGCCACACAGAAGAGUAUAUGUGCUUUAAAAAAAUCAUUUUUUAAAUGAUAUGGUACUGUAUAAGGGUUAAUAGUUUGGAAUAUGUAAAGUUGGUUUGUGGUUUGUUUCUAGAAAGUGUUUAUAAAAAGUAAUGAUGCUGUUAGCAUUUUCACUCAGAGUUAUUAAUGUUGCUUUACAUAACUUAGCUGUGACAUCAGUUAAGUGCUUAAUUUCUUUUUUUUAGAAAAGUUCAGAAGUUUGUACUUAUGCAACAUUACUAUGUAUUGCACUAAAGCAACCUGUGUCCUGUAAAUAUAUUUAGUGAGAAAUUGUAAAAUAAAGUAUGAAGAAACUGC